AUGGUUGGCGAGUUGGUUCUGCUAAAAGCCAAGCAUAUUCACUAUAUUGAAGCCCUCGAUAAGAAGCAGGAGUCUUACGAGUAUUGGCUGACUGAGCAUUUGAGGUUGAAUGGUGUAUACUGGGGUUUGACCGCACUGUGUCUAUUAGAUGCCAAGGAAACGUUCAAUAAGAAUGAAGUUAUUGACUUUGUCAUGAAAUGUUAUGUGGAGGCUACUGGCGGUUUUGCAGCUUUCCCUAGACACGAUGCCCAUCUGUUGACCACGUUAUCAGCCGUUCAGAUCCUUAAGACCUACGAUUCAUUGGACGUCCUAUCGUCAUCUCAAUUGGAAAAAUGUGUAAAAUUUGUCAAGAGUAAUCAACUGAGUGAUGGAUCUUUCCAAGGUGAUAAAUUCGGCGAGAUAGACAUCAGGUUCGUCUAUACAGCGCUAAGUACCCUAUCGAUUCUCGAGUUAUUGACACCAGAAGUCGUCGAUCCAGCAGUCAACUUCAUAUUGAGAUGUUACAAUUUUGAUGGUGGAUUUGGUUUAUACCCGGGGGCAGAAAGCCAUGCAGCAUGGGCGUUUACUUCGCUUGGAGCACUAGCCAUUGUAGGUCGAUUAAAUGAUCUAAGUGAGAAUCAGAUAAACGAGAUUGGGUGGUGGUUAUGUGAACGACAAGUUCCAGAAGGCGGUCUCAAUGGUCGUCCUGGUAAGUUGCCUGAUGUUUGCUACAGUUGGUGGGUUUUGUCAUCGCUUGCUUUAAUCGAUAAACUAGACUGGAUUGAUUACGAUAAAUUACGAGAAUACAUCUUGAAAUGUCAAGACGAGAAGGGAGGAAUAAGUGAUAGGCCCGAUAACGAGGUUGAUGUCUUCCAUACCUUGUUUGGUAUUGCCGGUUUGAGUUUAAUGGGAUUUGGGAACUUGAUACCAGUGGAUCCCGUCUACUGCAUGCCUGUAUCAGUAACAAAAACUAUCAAGAAAUAUCCUUAUAAUUAG